CAUGUACGAAACUAACUAAAGUACAAAUGUAGGUCACAUAAAGGUAACAUAAAGACUAUACGAAAUAUUUCUAUUUUCGUUAGUUGGUAACGGAAAUAAUUCAUUUUGAGGAACUUAUCGCUUUUAAAGAAUUCAAUUAAUAAAGUGAUGACAGAACAGGACUUUGAGAAAUGGAUGGAGGCCGUUUGUAGAGAUGGUGUCAGCUUUGAGGAUUCACAAAAAGCAUAUGAUGGUUGGGCGAGCACAUACGACUUGCAUGCAACAUCUGCGAAGCAUGAUAUAAACAGUAAAACAGUGGCAAAUAUACUUGAACAGUUUUUUCCGGCCAGUGAGCGGGGACUCAUCAGUGUCAUAGAUGUUGGGGCAGGCACGGGCCUGGUGGCUAAAGAGUUGAAGAAAUUAGGAUUUGAACAUCUAGAUGCUCUUGAACCUUCAUCUAAAAUGUUAGAUGAAGCUAAAAAGAACAACUUGUAUGAGAAUAAUUUUGUUGAAUGUAUCACUGGAUCACCGACAAGUUUACCUGCUAAUUCAUAUGAUGUGCUAACUGGAUCAGGGAUUUAUGCGAUAGAGGCGCAUGUACCAACCGAAGCUUUUUACGAAAUGAUAAGACUCGUCAAACCAGGUGGUUAUAUUGUUUUAGUGGGCAACUACAGUCAGAUACGUGCAAGCAAGAACUAUGAGAAUUUCGAACCGUUAAUGAAGAGAUUAGAAGUUGAGCGCAAGUGGAAGAAACUGAUUCACGAAGUCUGGACAGCUGACUCAGUGGGUACUUCAACAGUUGAAAGAUUAUCUUGUUGUUACCAAGUGCUGUGAAAAUCAUUUUACACACUGCAAUUAUCUUUAGUGUUAUGUUAAGAUGUUUAUGUAUAUCUAUAGUUAGUGUUAUGUUAAGAUGUUUAUGUAUAUCUAAAGUUUGUAUCAACAACGGUGUUGUAUAAUACUUAUCAUGUAUAGGGUUCAUUUAAGCAUCGUUCUGAUUGGAUGAUUUGCGUUGACAUCACGAGUCCCCAAAUGUCUUGUGGAUCCCAAACAGGACAUAUAGACGCCAUGGACGCGGACAUGCUCAAAUUUUGGUAUCUAAGUGGCUUCUCUUUUGUUCUCUCUAUUGUUCUUUCAGCCACGUAAGUGAAAAAAACACAUAUGAGUUUACGGAAUGAAUACAAUCAAAGAAAAUUACUGUUACCUUAUUGUACCCUAUGUAAGUUUGUACGGCGCUUCUACGUUUUAUUGGACGCUUGUAAUAAGAUAAAUAUAAACGCCAUCUAUUUAUUUUUUUUUGUACUUAUAAAAUCGUAACAUUCAACGGCACCAGUUGUUAGAAUGAUAUUUAAUAUAUAAUCACUUUAUUUAUCAGAAAUAAUUAAAUGAAGAUGUCACUGCCUUUUUGAAACAUAAAAAUCAACACAUUGGCCCUACAUUGUUAUUAUUGAUAUACGAUAUGAAAUGAUCGUCCUCGGCCGAUUUAACUUUUCUCUUGUCCGAAAAACGAUACAAACUCUGUACUUAAACUAUAACUG